CGUCAGUGGUAAUUGGUCGGGACACACUCUCCCUGUCCUGCACGCCGAGCUCCUGUCUCAGUGUGUGUUGGCGUGGGGAGCUGAUGAGCGAUCUCUCCUGAAGCUCCGGCACUGCAGCACGGCAUCAUGGGGAACUCGCCCAGCAUGACUGUGGAGGAGCUGACCGCAUGCCACUCUCACAAGUGGUACCGGAAAUUCAUGACCGAGUGUCCGUCCGGUCAGCUCACGUUCUACGAGUUCAAGAAGUUCUUCGGGCUGAAGAAUCUGUCAGAGUCCUCAAACGAGUACGUCGAGACCAUGUUCAAGACGUUCGACAUAAACGACCUGAGGAUUGUGGGUAAUUGGAUCUGUGUUAAUACAGUAAACUCAGAUCAAACAGCAGCACUGCAGAAGGACGGCUGUAUAGAUUUCAUGGAGUACGUCGCUGCUCUGAGUUUGGUUCUGAAGGGCGGCGUUCAGCAGAAGCUGCGCUGGUACUUCAAACUUUUCGACAUGGACGGCAGCGGAUGCAUCGACCGUGACGAGCUGCUGCUGAUCUUCAAGGCCGUUCAAGCCAUUAACGGAUUAGAGCAGGAGAUUUCUGCUGAGGACUUGGCUGACAUGGUGUUUAACAAGAUUGAUGUUAAUGGAGACGGCGAGCUGUCUCUGGAUGAGUUCAUGGAGGGCAUCGAGGCGGACGAGGUUCUCACUGUGAUGUUGACCCAGAGCUUGGAUCUGACUCAUAUCGUCAGUAAUAUCCACAGCGAGACUGACUCUGAACAGCAGGUCAACUGACCCCAGACCAGCCUGAGAUCAGGGUGCCAAACAUGAUGAUGAAAGGAAGGGAAUCUGGACCGUUUCUGAACUCUGUUGAUUCAGCACUGACUGAAGAGGUUUAAACUCUUAACACAUCAGAUAGUAACAGUAUUAUUAACAGAAUAGUGUUCAUCUUAGCUGCACCACAGUUCAAAAGCCAGCAGAAUAAUUAUUUCCCUGUAAUCUCACAGAAUAACUGUGACUAGAGCAAAUGCUUUAUUUAAGUGCACUUCUGUCCAAUUAAAAUGUAAUUUUUAUUAAAUAAAACCUGUAAAAUGCAACAUUUCUUCGGUUCUAUCCACCUUAUUUUGCUAUGUGGACGUAAAUACAAUGACGUACCUCUUUCUAAUGUAAUAGACUUCCGUUUCGCAAGCCGAUAGGUAAGGAGCGAUGUAGUGGGAGCAUGCGCAAAACACAAUUAAACACCAUGAUAACACAGUGGGAGGAUGAAAUGAAGAAGUGGCCUGACGUAAGGACAUUUUCAUUUAUUUCGUGUUGUCGCUCGGAGACGGGUCUUUAGCAGCUCGGUUAACAAACGCCAUCUCUGCAUCUGCUGAGUUUGAGUUGCUUAUAACGUUCAUCUGGGAAUGCAAUGUGUGUCAUUUCACCAGAUUUGUAACAUAAAUCAUUUAUAAACCGAUGCCAACACAGGAGAACGCAUAUGUUUCUAAAUAUGCAAAUUGUUCAUCACGAUUCCAAAAUAAAAGUUUAAAGCCUC